GCGGACGAAAGAACUGAUCAUCUAUAUACUUCUCCUAGAAGAGAGGACCAUACUCGACCUAUGAUUAUACAACACACUCCAAGACAGCCACAUCCUAGUGAACUCAACCCUGGUUUAGCUGUGUACCUUGGCCACCCUGGCCCACUUCCACCAGGGCAUCGGCUCUCUCCGCAUCAAUAUACAUUUUCCCCGGGUCAGAGGUCAAGUCACUCACCUGGAUCAAGAGCAUCGCCAGGACAACGGUCAAAUUCCCCUUUAGAGAACAACAGAUCUCGAGGUCCAUCACCAUCUAGAUACGAGCCAAAAGCUCGACAUGUGCCUUAUGAACAUCAUAGGAGUUCUCCAGGACAACAGUUUCAAAGGAGUUAUGGAGCACCCCCUUCUAUUAUGGUUUCAGCAGCAUUAGAUCGAGAUCGUGAUGGUACUCAAACAGAUUAUGCACGGUAUGCUGCAGACUCUGCUGGUUCAGAGUUGCAGAAACUAAGAUCUUUAAUAUCCGAUCAAUCCAAUUCAUUGUUGCUUCCUUUGGAUGCAUCUCGACAGCAAGGUUCUCCAUCAAUGAGACGCUCCCCUGGGAGAACUCCUCCAGCACCAGGAAGAACACCUCCGCCCCCUGGAACAGGAAGAACACCUCCACCCCCUGGAAGAACGCCCCCUCCCCCUGCACAUUCUAUGAAACCUAACUCAAGGGACCCUUCACCUGGCCCUCCCCCAGCCCAUAGUCACGGUUCAGCCUCUUGGAUCAAUGCAGCGUCUAAUCAAGGGAUAUACCUCCCAGGGACUAAUCCUUCAAUCGGUGCCCUGCCCCCUGGUAGUUUACCACAGCCAUAUCAACCAAAUGCAACAUUGAACCAGAACUUUGUCUCGUCAGCAGAGGCUACUAAACAUCCAAUUUUAUUACACAGUAUGUUAACACGUUUUCCUAGUUCACUUGCCCCAUCAUAUCUCCCUGCAGCGUCUAGUAUGCUCAAUGCAAAAUCGCAGCCUCCUGUGCAACCUCCGUCUGUACCAAGCAUGCCACGUUUAAUGGCAGCUUUGCAAAAGGCCCACUCGGAUGUUCCACUCUUGGCAUAUAAAGACAUUGAAAAUAGACAACCUCUCCAAGAAAAAGUUAUGCCAAGGUUGACUCAGCACAAAUUCAAAGUGGAGGAUGAGGGGAUGGAGGUGGGAAAUAAACAAACAUAUGGUGCCGUGAAACAAGAAAAAUUGGAAAGACCUCCCAGUCCUGAAGAUGUAAACCCAUUCAACCAUCGUGUGAAGACCCUUAAUAAUUUCCCAGCAGGCCACACUGGUUACAGAGCCACCUAUAGGUCACAUUCUGUAGCCAUCCAUAAAGCUAAGGCUGGAUCAAUCGUUAGUGCAGCCAGGUCACUAGAUCUCUUGAGACAGAACUUGCAGAAGGACAUCAACAAAGAGAUAGAUGUUGUCAUACAGAGAUAUCUCGAUUCAUAUUUCAAGCCUGGUAUUGAGAACAUUAAGAUCAACAAUGGCGACACAGCUGUAUGUGAUGAACAUAUACAAGGUGUAUGCAGGACCAUGUUAGAAGAGGCCAAGAAGAUGUACUUCACAGAAAGUAGCAGAAGUGUAACUCCUAUAGACUUCCCUGACAAUCUAUCUGAUGCUGGCAGUACCAUUGUAACAGAAAGUAGAGCAAGCCGUAUGGCAAAGAGUUUAUUCAAUAUCAAAAAAAGAAGAGGAUCAGAUACAGAUUCUGAAGCUAGUCAGCCACUGAAGCGCAAGAAAAAAGGCAGGGCGUUUACUUCAGGGAGGGGUACGCCUUCUAAACUUACAAAGGUGCAUGAACCAGUAAAGAAGGAAGGCCCCAAGUGGGAUCCAGAGAGACUUAACACAGAGACAGAGUUUAUCAUGGGCGCAAAAGCCAACAAAGCAUUGGGUCUAGGUGCCACCAGAGGGAGACUCUAUAUCAAACACCCUGAAACUUUUAAGUAUACAGGAGACCAGGAUGAUAAACAGUGGUUAUAUGAGAAUCAAAGGAUGCCUGCCACAGGUGGAAAGUCGUAUAUGCUAAUCAUGGAAGAUAUCAAAGAUCUAUUUGGAACUGACGAAUACAAAAACAGUACAGCUCUAAUACCACAAGAGCUAAAAGGCUUCACAGUUCCCGAGUGGAUGAUAGAGAAGAUAAAGAAACAGAUGCGCGACCAGAGAACCGAUCUCGUCUCUUUCAAAAAUAAACAAAGAAGCAGGUCUUCCACCCCAGUGUCUGCAUUAGAAAAGGAUGGAGUAGCAACUGAUACAGAUUCUGAUAAAAACUUACCAUUUUCCAACACUUACAAUUCCACAGACAAAAGCUUAGCUGCCAUUAAGCUUGAUCCCAUGAAUUCACCUACUACGACUGAGGGUGACUUAGAUUAUGACGAACAACAAGUAUCGCCAUUCAAUAUGGCCAGCGGUAUCUAUGGUGAUGCAAGUCCUGCCCCUGGACGAUCUCCCUCACAUUCGGACAUUUACGAUCAUGAUGAACCUCCGUUAUCAGCACCAUUUCAAAUAUCAUAACAAACAUUCAUAUUUUAUUUUAAUUGAGUAUGAAAUACUUAAUAUUGUAAAAAAUGAUAAUUUACAUUUGAUGAAAAUGUCAUGUUGGUUUAUGUUUAAAAUAUAAAACAGAGUGUUCCAUAAGUAUUGAUAAACAUAUGUAACACUUAUGUUUGUCUGUAUUUCCUACUUUUUUCAACAGUCUAACCCUGCAUGAUGCACAUAUGCAUCAUGAGAAUGUGAAUAGCCUAUUAAUAUUUGUAAAUAUUUUUUGUGUUUAGUCAAAGAUUACUGGAUAUAGAGUCACUCUGCACCCAGUAUUUUAUCAGUACUUAUUGAACACCCUGUAAAAACAUAUAACUUGAUGUCUUUAUGCUGGACAUGACAAACGUGACAUUUUUUGCAAGGGUGAUUUUAUUUUAUAUACUGUCUAUUAUGUAGCUUUUAUCAUGACUAGGAUCUACCUAUUUAUAUGUAUAUUUAUGUAUCAAUCAGUAGAUGAGUUGGAAGGAUGUAUUGUAAUUUUGUUCUGGUACAUUGUCUCCC